AUGAGCAUAGCAAAUAAGAAGGAUAGAGAUUUAUCAUAUGAUGCAAAUGAAGAUUUACCUGUAUUUAAAGUCAAUAGUGUGUUGGAUUGGUUAGAAUACAGAAAGCAUUAAACAGUAGAGCAUCAAAAGUUGAUUAAGCUUAAGCAGUAAAGUGCUAUUAAUAAGCUAGAGGAGCUAAAAAAGGAACAAGAGAAAGAAGAUAAUGAUUGGGCAACAUCAAAGAUAAAGAAAUUAAAUAAACUUAUUAAAUACUGA